AUGAGCGUCUUCGGAACCGGCCUGGAUGCCAUCGCGAGGACGGUCGCGCCUCGACCGCGCGCGCGAUGCCGCGGACGCGGCGUCCGAUCGUCCUCCGCUCCCGGCGCGCGCUCGGGUUCGCGUCGGAUAGCGAAUGAAUCGAAAGCCUCGAGCGCGAUAUCAACAACGAAAAUCGUCGCGGUCCGGUCGCGUCGUCGCGUCGUCGUCUCCGCGUCCGAGGACGACGCGGCGACGUCGUCCAGCGGCGGGAACGGGACGUCGCUGUUCCCGCUCCUCCCCGCGCUCGAGCCGUGGGCCGCGGCGAGGGUGCAGAAGUGGGCGUCCGGGUGGGAGAAAGCCGCCGCGCUGACGCCGAAGCUUCCCAUCCCGGUACUCGAUCUCGCGCGCGAGGACGCCGGAGAGGAGAAGGGCUUGCUGCGAAAGCUCGCGUUCCAGACCACCUUCGGGGCGUGGGUGUACGACAAAGGAUACCGGCAGAUGUUCCGCGCGCUGGGGUACCCCGGACCCGAGGGCGAGGCCGCGAUGGCGCUUCGAGCAUUGAACCAGACGGACGCCGGUCGGCCCAUCGGCGGGGAAGCCGCGGCAUGUCUGGACAUCUCCUGCGGCCCCGGGAUCAUCACGGCCAAGAUCGCGGAGGGCCUGACCGGGUACGACACGCUCAUCGCGAGCGACUACAGCGACGCGAUGACGCGCAAGGCUGCGGAGGCGUUGGACGCGAUCAUCGCCGAGGACUCGCGGACGCGGACCGGGCGACUGCAAUUCGCCGCCGCCAAGGCGGACGUGGGCGACCUCCCGUUCGCGGCGAACAGCGUCGCGGGCGCGCACGCGAGCGCGGCCGCGCACUGCUGGCCGGAUCCGAAGUUAGGGUUUCGCGAGGUGGCCAGGGUGCUCGCCCCGGGCGGGGUGUUCGUGACCUCGACGGUGGUACUCGCCGGGCCGAUCAAAACCAAAUUCGUCGAGAGAGGACUGUGCGCGGACGCGGCGUCGUACGACGCGAAGGAGUGGAAGCCGAACACGCCGUUCUGGGACACGCCCGCGGUGGUGAAAAUGUUAGAAGACGCCGGGCUCGUGGACGUUGAGGUCUUGGCGCAGGACAAGUGUUUCGUCAUGGUGAAAGGGACGAAACCGAAACAGUAA